UCUACUCUCAUCCUUCACAACAUUUCAUUUCCCUCCCUCUCCACGUUAUCAACAUUCUAUUUUCCAUACACAUUGCCCAGUGCGCACUUUAGCACGUAACAAGAUAUUAACAAUAUUAACAAACAACGACAAGUGAAAAAUGUUACACUGUCUCAACACUUCUGCGAAUCUUGGAGGAGGAGCAACCGUUUCGGAUAUGACAGUGUUGGAAAGACAAAGAGCAAGAAGAAAGUGGCAACAUGAACAUGAACAUGAACAUGAACAAGAGCAAGAUUACCAUGGUUACUUUUGCGGAAAUGGAUUCUCUUCUUCACAUCAAAUUAUGAUGGUUAAUGGCUGUGAUUCUGCUCUCGAUGAGGUGGUAGUUAACACUAAGAAAAGAAAAGCUAUGAAUUCAAAGGUUGUUGUUGUUGCGGAGGAAAGUGAUGAUGAUAACAAAGACAAGAGGAUCAAAGUGAGUGCAGAGGAAGAAGAUGAAUCUAAAAUUACGGAGCAAACAAAGGGACACAAGACUACAAAAUUCAACAAAAACAACAGGGAAAAUUCUGCUCAGACUUCCAAGGAAAAUUCAAAAGUUUCUGAGAAUCAAAAUCAAAAGCUUGAUUACAUUCAUGUUCGUGCACGUCGUGGUCAAGCCACUGAUAGUCAUAGCUUAGCUGAAAGAGUUAGAAGGGAAAAAAUAAGUGAGAGAAUGAAGUAUUUGCAAGAUUUAGUGCCAGGAUGCAACAAAAUUGCAGGCAAAGCUGGAAUGCUUGAUGAAAUCAUUAACUAUGUUCAGUCUCUUCAACGACAAGUUGAGUUCUUAUCAAUGAAAUUAGCUGCUGUAAACCCAAGACUUGAUUUCAACAUUGAUGAAUUAUUUGCCAAAGAGGUUUUUCCUCAAAAUUUUCCAAGCAUAGGGAUGCAAUCAGACAUGGCAAAUCCUUCAUAUCUUAACUUCAAUUCAAGCCAACAACUAGUUUCAUCACUUUCAUAUUGUGGUGGAAUAAUAAACAAUAUCGGACUAAUGCCUCCGGAUAUCGACAUUAGAAGGAACAUUAAUGCCCCUGCAUCUUUACCUGAAAUGUUUGUUGACUCAUCAUGUUUCACUCAUAUUCUACCCUCCUCAACUUUGGAAGGUGAUUUCCAAAACCUUCACAAUGUGAUUUUUGAUCAAGGACGAUCAACAUCAUUUCCUUCUCAGCCAUUUACAGGUUUGAUUGAAGCUAGUAAUCUGAAGAUGGAAAUGUAAACCACAAGAUUUUCUAUUAUAAUUUGUUGGAUGAGUCAUUCCAAAUGCUUCUUAUCAAGAUUCUUUUUCUAUUAAAGUACAUAAACAUAUUCUGGUUGUAUACUGCUCUCUAGUAUAAAUAAAUAAAUAAAUAAGAUCAUUGCAAAUUAAA